CAUCAUAAUUUGUUGCAAUAAAGUAAGACAAAAUAAAGAUCCACCCCUGUCGAACGGAUACACAUUUUUGUCGAUAUUUUUUUUAAUGAAUCAUAUAUCUGCCGUUUCCGUUAAUCUAAACGAGCCUAAAGGUUUUUUUCCGACAUUAUCGAAUAAACUUGUUUCAUUGGAAACCUGCCUAGACUUUUUCUGAAUUUAUAUCACUCAGCUUGGUUUCGCUUCCCCGCAAUUCUCCGCCCAUUCAGAAAGUACAUUCAGAAAGUACACAAUAAACUCUCAAGAGCGGCCAGAAGCAAAUCUAGCCAACGGAACCUUUCAGAACAUCUCUUGGGCAACAUGCAAUCUACGGUGUUUACUAUCUUGUUUGUCAAACUAUUAUGCUUAACUUUACAUGGAAUGACAGCAGUGUUAGCUGAACUUCCAAGUCCCAGUAACAUUAGGAUUAACUCCGUCAACAUGGGACUAGUGUUGGAGUGGGAUCCCCCUCAGAACCACACGGAAAAGCUCACCUACAGAUCAGAAUACAAGUGGAAAAGCGUCAGGAGCAGCUACCAGUAUGUAUGUUGGAAUACAACAGCCCUGUGCUGUGACUUCACCAGUCAUCUAAACAAAUUUGGAGUGUACACUUUCCAAGUGAGGGCAGAACGAGAGGGAGAGACAUCUCACUGGGUGGAGACUAAGGAGUUUAUCAUGGAUGAACACACCACUUUAGGCCCUCCCAGUGUCACUCUAGUCUCCAGUGGUGCAAACAUUGAAGUGAGCAUCGAAGACCCAGUGCUCAGGAUCUCUGAGUUUAAAGAGAUCUACAAUCAUGCAACCUUUAACAUCACCUACUGGAAGGAGGGCCAGGAGAAGAGGGCCAAACGGAUGACGGGCAUCCAACUGCAUAAAGUGGUCUUGGAGCUGGAGCAAUGGACCAGGUACUGUUUUCAGGUCUGGGUGGUAACCGAAAGGUUCUUCAAACAAAGCCAGCCCAGCAACGUUACGUGUGAGAGCACCCCUAAGGCCAAGGACAGGCCCUGGGUGAUGGCCCUGGUGAUGUUUGUGGUGAUGGCUGUGUCAGUGCCGCUGGUGGUUCUAGCAUUCUGGCACUGCUACAGGGUGGUCAGCUUCCUCAGACCCAAGGUCAAGCUGCCUGGACAUUUCACAGUGUACCUGUUGGCUCCUCAGUGCUCCUCCAUCCUGGCCUUGCAGAGCAGCCCCCAGCCUGAUGAGGUGUACCAUGAGGUCAGCAUCAUGCCUGGGGGGACAGAUGGAGAGAGAGCUCCCUCUGGUGGACGGAACAACAUAAUGCACAUAAACCAGACUGACUGACAAUACAAAGAAAGGCAGUGUUCGAGAGCAUCAACACCGCGACUGACAGGCCGAUGUAUAAAUAAUAUUAAGUUGUUGUUUAUGAUGCAAGGUGAUUUGUUGAUCAGUCAGUCUCGACUCGCCUUUAAUGUCGGCUGCACCCAAUCACAAAGCUCUUGAAGUGGAUGGGGAAGAUAUGGGUGAAAGACUGAUGUGAGGAAGAAAGAGGACAACAAUGGAUGGCAGAGAAGAGGACGUAUCUCUUAGUGAGAAAUAAUAGUUUAACUGACAUCAGGGACUUAGCAUUUCAUCACAGGGAUGAAUAAAUAACUAAGAGCUAUUUAGUGUAAUGCAGGGGUCAUCUACUAGAUUCAGCUGCAGGCCGGAUUUUAUCUCUUGGGGGCCGGAAAACAUAUUUACAAAUCAUUUGUGAUCGUAUGCAAAUUGAAACCUUGCAUACAUUUCUAUACGAUCACAUGUUCCUCUCUAUUAUGCCUGGGAAUAAUUGGGAGCAGAUUCCUUGAAUUAAAAUCACUACGAGCUGAUUUCCUGCUGUUCAAAAUGAAAUAAACAAUUUGACUGAGAA